GCGCUUGGGUUUCUCUAAAAAUCGCGUUUUUCGUAAGUUUUACAAUAAAUUAAAGGAAAUUACCGUGAAAAAUCGCGAUUAAACCGCCGCGCGAACUCUUGCAAAUCAAAGUUUCACGUGUACACUCGUAUAAAUGUAUGAUCUUACAUUAACUGCGAAAAAUCUCACAAACAGUUUGUUAUUGAUAUUUUGGGGAUCGGUAAUUGUCCUUACAAUCGCUAUUUUGAUAAGUUAUCGGAACGUGGACGUGAGUGUCGGUGCCGAGAAGGGCAGCGAACGCAAGCAAAAGGAAAAGUCACAGUAGGAAUCGCAAAAAAAAAAUAAAGAAGAAUGAGUAAGCGUAGGAUAGCGAGUCGCGCUAGUUCAGUGGCGACUGAGUCAUCGGAGGAGUAUAUCACACCUGAUGUUGCACCCUCGACACGUAAACGGAAGAAACUCGAUGGAAGUGAACAAUGUCAGCAGUGCUACGACGCGAUCCGGAACUUUAAGAAGGAAGAUGGCACGACAAUUUGCGAUGUUUUUGUUCGUGUGCCGAAGCGUCGAACGAUGCCCGAGUACUAUGAAGUCGUCACAGAUCCCAUUGACUUGCUAAAAAUCCAGCAGAAAAUCAAAACAGACGGAUAUUCGAGCUUAACUGAACUGCAAACGGACAUCGAGUUGCUGGUAGAGAACGCCAAGGCCUUCUACAAACCCGAUUCCGAGGAAUAUGAGGACGCCGUAACGCUCUGGGAAGUAUUCCAGACGCAAAAGAAGAAAGUUGAAGAGACAAAUGGCAGUGGCAAAAGUUCCGUAGAGCCUGUGGAAGACGAGCCAAAGGGAAAAACAAAGCCUCCAACGAGUUCUCGACCUCGAAGGACCACAACAUUGAGCGCGCAAAAUGGCGACGACGACGAUAUCGAUGUUUAUGAAGAACUUUUCGCUGCUGUGAUGACCGCCACAGACACCGACGAUCGACCGUUGCACACAAUGUUCCAAUUAUUGCCAUCGAAGAAGCUCUAUCCGGAGUACUAUCAGGUUAUCGAGCAUCCGAUCGACCUGAAAUUCAUCGCCAACAAAAUCCAAACGAAUGCCUAUGAGAACUUGACUGAAAUGGAAAAAGAUUUGUCGCAAAUGACAAAAAAUGCGUGUCUCUUCAACAAACCGGGAUCGCAAAUUUACAAAGACGCCAAGACGUUACGGAAAAUAUUUACUUCCAAGAAAAUCGAGUUGGAGAGCGGAAGAUCCAUCAAGACGCAACAAAACAAGAAGCCCAGUCAAGCGCUGAGUGCUCAAAUUGCCGCCUUGGAAGACGAACAAGAUGGCACUGAUGACGAAAAUAACGAGGAAGAAGACGAAGAUGAAGGUCCCAUGAGACAAUUGUUCGACAUUUUGUACAACACAGCAACAACAAAUGGUCUUAAUGCAGGCGCCCCACUUGGCGAGUCAUUUUGGAAGUUGCCGAACAAGAGAUUCAAUCCGGACUACUACACAACCAUCAAAAAGCCGAUUUCCAUGGGACAGAUUAGGAAUAAGAUGAUCAAAGGCGAAUAUGCGAACAUUACCGACAUGACUUCUGAUCUCUUUUUGAUGUUGGACAAUGCGAAAAAGUGGUUUCCAUCGACUAAUCGAGUUUACAAGGACGCAGAAAAGAUGAGAAAACUCUUGAACCAAAAACUCGUCGAUGGAAGUCUCGAUCAAGACGACUCCGACGAGGAAAACGAGUCCGAGGAAGAAGAGGAAAGCGAAGAAGAGUCAUCAGAAGAUGAACAAAUCAUCAAGAAACCAACAAGAAAAUCAUCGAUUGCCUCGAGUACGCCUGCAAAACCCCUCUUGCCUGCUAGUGGAAGCAAAUCUGUAGCAAACAAUCCCGCAAUGAAGAAAAAAUUACUGGCAAUUCACGAACAUUUAAUCGACUUCACAGUCGAUGGACGUGCCAUUUGCAUCAAUUUCCUGGAAAAACCAUCGAAAAAACUGUAUCCCGACUAUUACAAAGUCAUCGCGGAGCCAAUUGACAUGCAAAUUAUCGAAAACCGCAUAACGCAAGACAAAUACGAGACUUUAGAUGACGUUCUUGCCGAUUACCAACUUUUGUUUUCGAAUUGUCGCAAAUAUAACGAGGUCAAGUCACAAAUUUAUCAAGACGCUAAUACAUUAGAAAAAGCUCUGAAGAAACAAAUUCGUGAACUAAGUGGGGUCCCGGAGCGAAAAUCUAUUCAACGACCGCAUCCGUCAUCGCCUCGAACGCCAAAACGACCGAGAAUUGUGACGCAACGAUGCCAACAACUUUUCGAGACAAUUCGCGAUUAUAAGGAACCAAAGGCAAAACGACAAUUGUCGACGAUUUUCCUCAAGUUGCCAUCAAAAGCUGACUACCCGGAUUAUUAUGAGAUCAUCAAGCAUCCCAUCGACAUGGAUCGAAUUCAGGCGAAAAUCAACAAGUACAACAGCUUGGACGAAAUUGUGCAGGAUUUUGCAUUGAUGUUCGAAAAUGCAUGCACCUACAACGAACCAGACUCCCAAAUUUACAAAGAUGCUCUCGCAUUGCAGCAAAUUUGUGCGCAAACCAAACAAAAACUGCGCGACAUGGAUAACUUGAUUCCGGACGUCCAAUCUGCCGUGCAGGAGAUUUUGUUGUCACUUUUUACGGCAGUUUACAACUUGGAGGACGAAGAGGGACGUUGCCUGAGUGAUUCUUUAGCCGAGUUGCCUGAAUACGAUCAAGACGGGGACGAAGGUGACAAAAAAGUUCGAGCAAUUUCGUUGGAUUUAAUCAAACGUCGUUUGGAUAAGGGACUUUACAAACGUUUGGAUGCAUUUCAAGAAGAUCUUUUCAUGGUGCUUGAUCGCGCACGACGACUUUCACGCACCGAUUCGCAAGUUUUCGAAGAUUCGAUCGAGAUGCAGCUCGUUUUCCUGAAAAAACGAGACGAGUUAUGCAAAAAUGGAGAUAUUUUGCAGUCACCAGCCCUUUUGUACACCAUUUCACAGUUCAAUAGUGCCGUCGAGGAGUUGCGUCAAAGCAAACAGCUCGAAGAACAAAAGGACGAAGCGCCAUCCACGGAAGAAGAAACGUCGCAAGAACCGCUAAAUGUGCAGGAGCCCGGCGAAAGUAUGACAAUUGACGAGCAAAAGUAUUCGCCCGGUGACUUUGUGUACUACGAGUUGCCGGAAAAUGAUGUUCCUGGAAUAAUUUACAUAACGCGCUUGUAUACGGACUCUGAAAAUGUCCAAAUGAUGGAAGGAAACACGUUUUUCCGACCGUACGAAACAUAUCAUAUACCGACGCGACGCUUUAUGGAGCAAGAAGUCUUCAAAACGGACCAACAUCUCUCGGUGCCACUGAGCAAAAUCAAAGGCAGAUGCUUCGUUAUGUGCAUCCGCGACUACAUUCAAAAGAAACCCGAGGGUUUCGAGGACAAGGAUGUCUAUGUGUGCGAAUCUCGGUAUCAGACACGUGCCAGAUCCUUCAAAAAAAUCAAAAUUUGGAACAAUUUCAAUGCGGAUGUGCGAUUCACGACACGCGAGGAGCCUUUGGAGAUAAAUCGGGUGCAAUCUGUGUUCAAAAAUAAGUCAAAGGAGAAAGAAGCACCCAAAGAAGAAAUUAAUUUUGAAUUGGAUCUCGCCUUAGAUACGCUCGAGAAGCAGCGACCAAACGUAGUUUUGAAUGUAGAAGGUGCCGAAGAUGGAAAUACGUACUAUGAGCAAUUUAAUACGGUGGCUGCUGGUGUUGUGAAGACUGGAGAUUUUGUCUAUGUGGCUACCGAAGCUGGAAAACAAUGUGUUGCUCAAAUUUGUUCCAUUUGGGAGUCAAAAGAGGGAAAAUCCUUCUUCCGUGGACCUUGGCUCCUAAAUCCCUUGGAAAUUCCAUCGUCACUCAUCCAGACGUGCUACAAACAAGAGCUCAUGCUUUCGACAGUACAGGAAACCACGCAAACUGCCUCCAUUGUGGGUCGUUGUUGCGUUCUAGAGUACCUUGACUACUCGACACGUCGUGCCACGGAGAUCCCCGAGUCAGAUGUCUUCAUUUGCGAGUCCAUUUACGACGAAAUGAAGAAGCAACUUAACAAAAUCUCGCAACCGGGUGCCAUUCGGAAGUUUACGCACUCCAAAAGUGUGACGCCCGACGAAAUUUAUCACUUCAAACGGGCGAUUACGCCGCAAAAAGACAUGAAAAUCGAAAAUGGGGAGUUGGUAUGCGUGAACGAUACGUCAGCGACGGAGGACGAUUUGGAUGCAAGUCUGCCCGAUACGCCAAAUAAUUCGCAAUCGUCAUACAUUUCGACGCCGAACAACAAAAAUAAGCCCGGCGGACGACAUAAUCGAGGAAAAGUUGUCACCGGAUAUAUUUUGUACUCGAGUGAGCAGCGGAAGGAUCGAUGCGAAUUGAAUCCAGGCAUGUCAUUUGGGGAGAUUUCGCGCAUGUUGGGCGACGAAUGGCGGAAUAUGGAUCAGAAAGAUCGCUCCGUGUGGGAAGAUAAGGCGGCAAAAUUGAAUGAAGCUGCCAAAAUUAAGUGGCGCGAAGAGAAUGCGCAUUUGAUGAAUCAACCGCCAGACCCGAAUGCCUUGACACCGGGACAAGGAUUCUUGCAAAAUCGUGAAAAUCCGAUACCAAAUCAAAUAUUUGAUUGUCGUUGGCGCAAAUGCGACUUCCAGUUCGAAGAUCCGGCGGAUUUGUUAGAUCAUUGUAUCACCGAGAAAGAUGGCUGCCUGCAAAGACACCUGAACCAAACCGAUGAAAAACCUGAAUUUUAUUGCCUUUGGCGUAGUUGUGUAAGAUUUAAGCGAGGUGCUCCGCCAUUCCCCAACUCCAUGCGACUUCUGAAGCACGUACGAGACAUUCACGUGUACAAACACAUGGGAAAAAUGGUCAAACCUCAUGAUCGGAACAAAAAUUUCGUGCCACGCCGAACGCCACUUUUACCAAAGCCCAAAAUCGAGAACGAUUUGCUCAUGUCGCCGUUGUCUCACAAGCAAUACAUGCCGCCGCCGCCACACCAGCAACCUCACAUGACACACCAAAUACCAAACCAAAUGGGAUACUAUCCGCCGCAACAACAACCGGGCCAGCAACAAUUUAUGCAACAUCCUGCAUAUCAGCCGUAUGCCAAUGGACAGCAAAUGCUCACGCAAGUACCCAAUCAAACGGCAUUCGCUCCGCAAAUGCAACAACCGUCUUUAUUGCAAUUUGCUGCUCCUCAACCUGACCCGUUAUUUGUGAGUGUUCCUCCACGACCACAGCGAGUUUUGCAUUCAGAUGCCUAUAUCAAAUACAUUGAAGGUCUCCAAGCGAACACGCCGAGCAUAACGCCCUAUGAACGAGCAAUCGAGGCUACCGAAAUGGAGACAGCACCUCCAUUGCCAGUUUCGCGCUUACCGGGACACUGGCUCGGCAAAGCAGGACGCGAGAAACCGGACGAUGUCGUAAAUGCCCUCUGGAAUUUACGGAACUACAUGAUGAAAGAUGUCGUACAGCUGUACAAAAGUUACUAGACUAUCCCAAAAAACCUAGACAAAAAUCAGAUUUUUAUGACGUAAAAGGGUUAAUAGAUUUAGUUCAAUUUUUUUUUUAUAAUAGAGAAUAUUUGAGUUUUUGAUUAGUUGAGUUAGGCGCGCGUUAAUACGUUUUUACACACUUUUUAGAUACGAGAAAGAGAGCCAAAAUUGAAACAGAGUUCAUUAAUCACGUGAUCUGUAUUUGAAAAACAAGAAAAAAUAAAGAUAUUUUUAAGUAAUACACAAUUUAUAGUUUUGAAUUCGUUGCUUUUGUUUUGUGCAGCGACAAUUUCUGGCUUGCCAACUUCAAAACGUCCGUCGCACAUCCCCAGCAAAGUGUUACUCCCGCGCCUCCGUGUCCGUAAUUUUGAAUAACUGGCAGUUUAUGACCUUUUUGCGUUUCGUAGUCCUCAAAUUCAAUUCUGACGGAGGUUCUUCCCGGUCGGAGACCGACCCAUUCACGGAUAACGGGAGCAUUUUUGAGACCUUUCACGAUUCGCGUACAUCCAACCAUGAUAAAUUCGCGAUCUUUCGGGCAGGGUUGCGUGUUGAAGUCGUUUUCUUGAUGGGUGCCGCCGAUAAUACAAGUUUCUGUGUUUGGGAUCACGUAAUUUCCGUCAUCGCUGUCAUCCAAGAAGGCAUGGAAUUGCCAAGGAGCUGAUACACGAGCUACUUGUCCUCGAAUUGGUUUGACUUGGGAGUCGUUUAGGAGACUUUUGGCACCUAAUCCGGUGCAA